AUGGGCUAUACACAUUACUACGACGUCCGCUGUUGGCACGCGGCGGAAUGGCAGGCUGCUUGGCCGAGACUGAUCAAAGACGUCCCUCUCAUCAUCGAGGCUGCCGACGUACUUAUUCGUGGCCCCUAUGUUGAAGAUGGAUUCUCGUCACCAAUAGCGAACGUUGAAGAUGGGAUCUGUUUCAAUGGUGUUUCUGAUGAUGCACAUGAGGAUUUUUGUUUAAGCGAACAAGUCUGCCAUCGCUUUGUUAAAACAUUUGAGAAGCCGUAUGAUGUUGCCGUUGCCUGUGUCUUGUUGAGAGCAUAUUUGCUGGCACCAACACAAUUUGACCUAAGCUCUGAUGGGUCAUGGGAUGGAAUGGAGUGGGUUCGACCACGUCGAUUGUACCGAGACCUGUGGCCGGGAGAGCCGAUCCUGUGUCCUUGGAGUAAAGUUGAUGUUACCAAAGAAAGCAAUCCCGAAAUUUCUGAAGGGGAGGCGACUUUGGCGCUGUCAUUGUGCAAAAAUGAGAGGCCGCAUGUUAAUUAUAGCAGACUCUAUCCCCACGAGAUCACUGACAGCCUAAAGGGAGCGCAGUUAGACUCAUCAUUAUCGCCACAGCUUGAAACUAUCAAGUUCACGGUAUCAGGGGUUGAUUUCACCCAUAUCAGCCGAUGGCUGUCUUUCUGCGAAGAUGACCGCAACCACACCGAGUGCAAAGCUUCGCAAAUCCAGUGGCAGAACCUACCGGGAACCCGAUUCAAGGUCAUUGACACUCAUCGACGCUGCAUCGUCGAGGCGCCGGAGGGUUGUUCAUACAUCGCGUUAACAUAUGUUUGGGGUGGUGUGGACCAAGCCGAGCUCAACGCUUCUACAGCACCCCUUCUGAUGCGUGAUGGGGGACUUGACCUUGCCUGGCCAAAGCUCCCUACGACUAUUCGAGAUGCGACCGUAGUAUGUGAGCAACUUGGGGAGAGGUACUUGUGGAUUGACGCACUUUGCAUCAUGCAGGACUCUUCGCGAGACUUGAAGUUUCAAAUGCUCCGGAUGAGGCAGAUAUAUUCCGCGGCCAAGUGCACCAUUGCUGCCGUGUCAGCUGAAACAGCGGCAAUCGGAUUGCUUGGGAAUUUGCCAGCCGAACCGUUGCGGCCUUCGAAAGAGUGUGAGUCAGAGGAUACUCUAAAUGCCAUGGUCGAGUCGUCGCCCUGGAGUCGUCGCGCCUGGUGUUAUCAGGAGAAGGUUCUGUCGCACCGUCUCAUCCUAUUCACGUCGAACGGGAUAUAUAUGCAGUGCCGAGCGGGCUCUUGCGAUGCGAACGGAACUCAGCUACAGGGUAAAGAGAGCCAAAGCGUUUCCAAGUUCAACGCUGUUGGCAGUAUGCUCUUUAUACCUCCUGGCAAAGAGCUGGAAUCGUAUAUCUCUGCGGUCGAGCAUUACUCCCAACGGAAGCUCACCAGGAAGGACGAUAAGAUAAAUGCCUUUCAAGGAGUGUUUCGGAGGUACAAUGGUAAGAUGGACGGCAAGACAUCCUCGUUCUGCUACGGCCUCCCAAUAUGUGCCUUUGAUCAACUUAUAUGCUGGCGCACUCGCCGACACAAUCCGCACCUCCGCAACCAAGUAUUCCCUAGCUGGUCAUGGCUGGGGUGGGACGAUGCAGUCUCGUUCGAUCGGAAGAUGCUUCAGACAGCCCGUACAAGCCAAAUGAUUUACGAUCCCGGCGUCUUCUCCCACAAAGGCGUUGAGGAUAACCUCGAACUACGAAAACCGGCAUGCCAUGCUUUGACGGGUCCCAGGUUUGGAUUUCCCGCCGCGACUGGCGGUAAUUACUACAACAACCCAGAGCGGUGGUUAUCUGGAUGUAUGGCAGAUUUACGCAUUGCACUUGACCACAUCGAAUCCGAUGGCUCCAAUAGUCUCUACGCCGUGUUCCCGAACAGAUGCAGUCAGAGUCAGCAGCCCUCUCUGCCGCCCGAGCGAAAGAUUACCGUUUUUGACCUGCUCUCGCAGCCGCUACCAGAGAUCAAGUGGAUGGAUGCGGAGACAGCCGCCGCACCAUCUGUCCCAGCAGCCAAGCAGACAGAAGAAAAAGAAGGCAGCGUGUUCACCGAGCAUGACGCGCAUGAGGGUUGCGAGGCCCACACUCCUCUAGGCUACAUAUGGCUGGAUACGGCCUGGCGCAGGAAGCAGCCAGACCAGUGUAUCAUGAGGUUCAUGGCGUUAGCAGGAGAGAAGGAUCCCAAGAGGCAAGGAAAGUGGAAGAUAACCAUGCUCAUGUGUUUGCAGCGGAUGGAGAAGAAUGGUCACUACUGGGCAGACGAGCGAGUGCAGGUGAUGGACUGUGAGAUCGACGAGGAGAGCUGGAUGAAGAUGGGGGCAAAAGUCAUCAACUUCAAGCUUGUCUGA